AUGAGUGCAUCAAGAAAGCGGACUUCCUUGGUAACAAAACUUGACCAGCUUGAAUGUCACUUCACCUGGGCUCUGAAAAAAGAUGAUAUUGAUCUUAAUAGGCUGGAUAGACAGCUCAAAGUGGAUGUUGAGAGAAAAGAAAAGCUCACACAAACUUACAAUGCUUUAGCAUAUGUAAAGUUCCUUCAGGGGUUUCAAGAAGAGGCACUUAGCAAUCUCAUGACAUCAUUGAAGCUUUACAAAGAGUGCCAUGAAGAGGAACUCGACAAAUCUCUCAUUAUCACCUAUGGAAACCUUGCCUGGAUAAACUACCACAUGACGAACUACACAGAGUGUGAAAGUUACCUGCAGAAAGUCCUGAAGAUAAAUGAAAACAUUUCAUCUGAGUCUUCGUCUGUUCCAGAGGUGCUUGGUGAGAAGGGAUGGACCUUUCGUAGAUUUUCUUACAAGUAUUAUGAAAAAUCCAAAGAAUGUUUCAAGAAGGCUUUAGAUCUGGAACCAGAAGUUGGUAAGUGGAACGCUGGUUAUGCCAUCGCUCUGUAUCGAACAGAAUAUAGAGAAUUCACUAUUGAGAAAUCACCUGCAAUCAAGCAACUGAGACGAGCCAUUGAAACAAAUCCUGACAAUGAUGUUCUUAAGGUCCUCUUGGCUUUGCGACUGGUUACUUACAAGAGCUAUGAAGAGGCUGAAAGAUUGGUGGAACAGGCUUUAGAAAGAUCUCCAGAUCACCCACGUGUCUUGAGAUAUGCUGGAAAAUUCUUUAGAAAUAAAGGACGUGUGGACCAAGGUAUUGCUCUAUUGAGAAACGCACUUGAACUGUCACCUAAUUCAAGUUUCAUACAUCAUCAGUUAGCUCUCUGCUAUAAAAUGAAGAAAAUCGAACUGCUGCAGAAGGGAAAUCAUCAGGCCAGAGCACAACAGGUUCAACAGAUUCGUGAUCAGAUCAUCUAUCAUUUAGAAAUGGCUACCAAGCAUGCAACCGGCUUUAUCACUGCAUUGAGUGAACUAGCACUACAUUACGGAGAAAAACAUGAAAUUUCACGAGCCGAACAGAUGUUUCAUAUGACGUUUGAGACAGCCAAAGAGAAAAAUGAUAAUCUGCAUGUGGUUCAUUUUCAUUACGCUGAAUUCCAGUCGUACUCCAAAAGAGAAGAAGUUUUAGCAAUCAAGCACUACAUGGAAUGCCUGAAGAUGAACCCAGGUUCAUAUGAAGGGAGGAGAAGUGAAAACAAGUUAAAAAGGAUUGCAGAGAAACGUAUAAAUAAAAACACACAGGUCGGAAAGGCUUAUGGGAUACUAGGUUUCAUUCACAAAGAGAAAGGAGAGAAGAGCCUUGCCAUUGAGUGCUAUGAGAAAGCUUUGAGUUAUGGAGAAAAUGAUGAGUAUCUCACCAAUCUUUGUUCUCUCAGGCUGUCCAUAUAAAGUUAUGACAUUCUAUAUGUUUACAUAAUCAAUGCAUAAUAACAUAUCAUCAUUUAAAGCACUUUAUUUA